AUGCGGAAGACCACCAAGCACGCGGAGGUGAAGCCGUCCAAGUUCAGAACUACUCUGUGCGACUUCUACCGCCGUCAGGAGGAGUGCCCGUUCGGAAGCCGUUGCGCCUUUGCUCACGGCGAGCAUGAACUGCAGACAGAGGAACGCAACGUCGAGCUGUUGAAGGCUACGGGGCUGCAGCGGCUUGACGGCGUUGCCAUGCCGGCACACACGUCAUGUAACGCAAUGACCACCGAGAGCUCCCUCGUGUCCGUGCUUCCCAUCGCGCCCACUGCACGCCGGCAGCCCGUUAUUGUUUCCCUCCCCUACUGGGCGGAGGGACGCAGUGAGGACGUGGAAAUGGAGGAGCAGUUGUCGGUCUCUGACAGUCUCGCGCUGAAUUCCCCAACAACCGCGGCGGCAGCGGCGCCGAACACGCGUCGGGAGCGUUGCUGUAGCAGGUUUUCCGCGACAUGCUCCAAAGAGGCCCCGCUGAUGUACCGGCACAACCCAUACGGCCUCUCGACCCAGUAUCACUAA